GACCAUAAAUCUGUUCCACACUCCAUCUCCUCACUUGCUCUCAUUAUCUGAUUCUCAUACUCUCACAGUACAGUGCAGCAUCACUGCUCUGUUUCUUCUCUAUCAUGAUUCAAUAGACAAGAAUACAGACAGUUACAUCACAUACCAAAACAGAGCAAACCUUCUUUUAUGAGUCAGAAACAGAGAGAUCUGAACUAGCAUUAUCCCAAUUUGAGUUAUAAUGCUCUACUCAACUAUCACCCACAUUGUUAUCUAGAUUCACAAUCAAAAUCUAUACAUACCCACAUAAAGAUUUUCCUGUAUUUAUAGAUCUAGUUGCUACUUUUUAGCUCCCCUGUUUUCCUCUGUUUUUACUCUGUUUCAGGAGCAAAAUGGCUGAUGUUUCAGCUCAGAGUUUCAUCCCAGAGACUUUCCAGGGAACAACAGUAGAUUUAGCAAGCCAAUUUGGGUUCCUCUGGGAGCUCAUUAAGACCCCAUUGAUUGUACCAUUGCUUAAACUAGCUGUGGUUAUAUGUUUAACCAUGGAACUCAUGUUGUUUGCUGAGAGAUUGUACAUGGGAAUAGUCAUUAUCUUAGUUAAAAUCUUUUUGAAAAAGCCUGAGAAAAGGUACAACUGGGAGCCCAUGAGUGAUGAUUUGGAAGCUGGAAGCUCUGCUUUUCCAUUGGUGCUUAUACAAAUCCCCAUGUUCAAUGAAAGAGAGGUUUACAAGAUCUCAAUUGGGGCUGCUUGUAACCUCUCAUGGCCAGCGGAUCGUCUUGUUAUUCAAGUUCUUGAUGAUUCAACUGAUCCUAUUAUCAAGGAAAUGGUUGAGAAAGAAUGCAAAAGGUGGGCAGCUAAAGGCUUAAACAUAACCUACCAAAUUAGAGAAACCAGGGGGGGCUACAAAGCUGGUGCACUUAAAGAAGGUUUAAAACGUGAUUAUGUUAAAGAAUGUGAAUAUGUUGCAAUUUUCGAUGCUGAUUUCCGGCCAGAACCUGAUUUUCUCCGACGAUCUAUCCCAUUCCUCAUGCACAAUUCUAAAAUCGCACUCGUUCAAGCCAGAUGGAGAUUUGUAAAUUCUGAUGAGUGUUUGAUGACCAGAAUGCAAGAGAUGUCACUAGAUUACCAUUUUACAGUGGAGCAAGAAGUGGGAUCAGCUACUCAUGCCUUCUUUGGUUUUAAUGGAACUGGGGGAAUAUGGAGAAUUGCUGCUAUCAACGAGGCAGGCGGAUGGAAAGACCGAACAACAGUCGAGGAUAUGGAUCUUGCUGUUCGAGCUAGUCUGAAGGGCUGGAAGUUUGUUUACCUUGGCGAUCUUCAUGUAAAAAGUGAACUUCCUAGUACUUUUAAAGCCUUCAGAUAUCAGCAACAUAGGUGGUCUUGUGGUCCUGCAAAUUUGUUCAGAAAAAUGGUGAUGGAGAUCGUGAGAAACAAGGCAUUUAAUUUCUGGAAGAAAGUAUAUGUGAUAUACAGCUUUUUCUUUGUCCGAAAGAUUAUAGCUCAUAUGGUUACCUUCUUCUUUUUCUGUGUCGUCCUUCCAUUAACAAUUAUGGUUCCUGAAAUUGACGUUCCAAAAUGGGGAGCUAUUUACAUCCCGUGCAUUAUCACUACUCUCAAUUCUGUUGGAACUCCAAGGUCAAUUCAUUUAUUAUUUUACUGGAUUCUCUUUGAAAAUGUGAUGUCUUUCCACCGCACAAAGGCAACCUUCAUUGGGUUAUUUGAGGCAAAGCGGGCUAAUGAGUGGGUUGUGACUGAGAAACUAGGAGAUGGUCACAAGAACAAAAACAACAAAUCAGCAAAGAAGUUCAACUUCAAUAUAGGAGACAGAAUACAUGUUACAGAGCUAGGAUUCGCAGUGUUCCUCUUCUUCUGCGGAUGCUAUGAUUAUCUAUACGGAAAGAAUAAUUACUUUGUUUACAUGUUUCUCCAAACAAUAACCUUUUCUAUCGUGGGGUUUGGCUACAUUGGCACCAUUGUCCCAAGCUGAUCGACAGAAGCAGCAUCAACUGCAUUACAACCUAAGGCACUGGCAUCCCUUUGUGUAUCCAUCUCCUUUACAUAAAUAUAUAUAAUGUGUGUUUCAGUUCAGCAUUAAAUUUGUUCCUCGCUUUGAAGCGAAGAAGUGCGACGUGGGAGGCGCCAUAAAUUUAAUAAAACCUGGUUACGGUGUUAGAUUAGAUAGCGAGUCAGGAAAGGUUGAAAGAAGUAUAGAUUGCAGGUAUUGAAUUUUAGAAGAUAGAUCAGUGUCUUUGAUAUGUAAUUGUAUUAUUUGUAACUGUGGUAUUGUUGACCACUCAGUUAUGCAAUUUUUUUCUUGCUUCAAGAGUGAAAUAAGCUGUUGGCAAAAGAAUCACCCUUGUAACAAAAUAUUUUUGCCAUUUUGUAAUCCUUGAUCUUUGUUAAUUAUAUUAUUUAUAAUUUUACCAA